AGGGAGGGAGAGAGGGGGAAAGAGAGAGAGAGAAAGAGAAUGUAUGAGUUAUAGAAAAUGCUCUUUAUAUAGUCACAAAGUUGGAAGAAAAGUUACCACCGCUAUCAUUUGGAGUCAUCCAAUUUAGUGCCGGGGGUGUGUGUAGAAGACAACGAGUGUUUACAAUGCCGUCUUUUGAUGAGGUUUUAAAACAGGCUGGAGACUUUGGAAAGUUUCAAAAGAAAGUCUUCAUCCUCCUCUGCCAGACUGGCAUUACCUUCUCCUUUCUAUUUGUUGGGAUUGUAUUUCUGGGACGAGAUCCUGAGCAAUAUUCGUGCAGGAUCCCUGGUGUAUCUGAACUGAAGAAGCAGUGUGAAUGGACGCUCGAAGAGGAAUACAACAUUACCAUUCAAGCCUCAAGCCUGGUGAAUUCUUCGCAAUGUGAGAGGCAUGACAUAAAGUGGAAUAACACCAGGCAUAAUUGUACGUAUCCACUGGCUCAUCUUACCAACAACUUUGCCGGUGAGUCAUUUACUACAUGCCAGGAUGGCUGGUUAUUCCAAAAACCCCACUCAACUAUUGCCAGUGAGUAUGACCUUGUCUGUGAGAACAAGUGGCUAAUAGACAUGACUCAGUCUAUACUCAAUAUAGGAUUUCUGGUAGGAGGUUUUGUUCUGGGAUAUGCUGCGGACAGAUUUGGCAGAAUCACCAUUUAUCUCUUUUCUUGCUUUGGGGCAGGACUAUGUGGCCUAAUAGUGGCUUUUGCACCAAACAUUAUUGUAUUUUCAAUAUUUCGCUUUCUACAAGGAAUCUUUGGAAAGGGAACCUGGAUGACAAGCUUUGUAUUGGUAACAGAGCUGGUUGGUUCAGAUCACCGACGGGUCGUUGGAAUUGUAAUACAGAUGUUCUUCACACUCGGAGUUGUGAUUCUUCCUGGAAUUGCUUAUGUGAUUCCCACAUGGCAGGGGAUUCAACUAGUUACCACACUUCCCAACUUUCUUUUCCUGUUAUAUUACUGGCUGGUCCCUGAAUCUCCACGGUGGCUGAUCACUCGCAAAAAAGGCAAGAAGGCCCUGCAGAUUGUGCAGUCUGUUGCCAAGGAAAAUGGACAAAGCCUCCCAGAGCAUUUUUCGGAGAUCAAGGUUUCUGAUGAAGAGGUGAGCAACCCCUCUUUGUUUGAUCUGGUUAGAACUCCACAGAUGAGAAAAUUCACUUUGAUUCUCAUGUAUGCCUGGUUCACCAGCGCAGUAGUUUACCAGGGGCUUGUGUUGCGCCUGGGACUCAUAGAAGGGAAUUUGUAUUUGGAGUUCUUCAUCUCUGCGGUGAUAGAGUUGCCUUCGGCUUUCUUAAUCUUAGCGACCAUUGACCGACUUGGCCGGCGUCCUCUGUUUGCCUCAGGAACUCUCGUGGCAGGGGCCGCCUGCUUAAUCACAGCAUUUUUACCAAAAGAUAUACCAUGGUUAAGUACAGCAGUAGCCAUCUUGGCAAGAUUGGGGAUCACCAUCACUUUUGAACUUGUGUAUCUCGUGAAUAGUGAACUGUAUCCUACAGUUUUCAGAAAUUUUGGUGUUUCACUAUGUUCAGGAAUGUGUGAUAUAGGGGGCACGGUAGCCCCAUUUCUGCUUUACCGAUUAGCAGACAUCUGGUCAGAGCUUCCUCUGAUUGUCUACUGUGUACUUUCUCUUCUCUGUGGGAUUCUGGUGCUACUUUUACCUGAGACCAAGGGGCAGCCCUUACCAGAGACAGUGGAAGAUGUAGAGAAAAUGUCAAGUUUCAAUGGCUGUUGUGAAAAAAAAAAGCGGCAAAAUUCCAGGAAAGAAAUUUGACCUUUUGUUAAUACUGCAAAACCUCAUGAGCUACCCUGUUUUCAAAUUCAUGACUGCUGGACACCAUCUUCUUUUUGGAGGAGAUGGAUUCAAUUGUGUCAUAAGCCCUAAAAGAACAUUUUUAUAAAGCAUAGAAUUUUUCUAUGGGAUAAAUAUGAACAUAUUUUCAGAACCUAUUGUUUCCAGAUAGGGAACUAUUAUAAAUGGCUCUCAUAGAAGAGUAAUCACUUACAUUAAAUAUUUUGUUUUACUACA